UGAUAAAAGAGCAUUCCUGCGUCGAAAAAUUACAAGCAAGGCCAUAUAUAUUACAAGGCUUGGUGGGAGGUGGUAUUUUGAGGUAUUCAAGAUUUAAAAAGCAUAUUUCUCUUAAGUUCGUUUAUUUUGGCAUUUACCGGGAAUGCAUCAUUAGAGAAACGAGAGGCACACAGUUCUUCUGCAUAUCAAAGGUCCAACUGCUGAGCGGCUGACCCCAGUACCGCCAUGCUGAGCGGCGUCAGUGGCCGGGUGUCGGCUGUGCUGCGGGCGGCCACGGCGGCCGUCACCCCGGUCCGGAACCGCUGGCACGCCGACAAGGUGGCGCGCGGCCCGGUGGCGGUGCGCUACGGAUGGCACAAGGAGCACAUCAUGCCAUCUGGCUUGUUGCCACGGAAGGAGGGUGCUAAGGCCCUGCCAAUGCCGGAAUACAAACCCAACAACGCCUGGACAAAGAAGAAGGCCAUGUUCGGUCAGAACGACUACAUUGAUAUUCUGGGUAACGGCUCACUGCACCCGGUACAGCUGAUGUACAAGGUACCGCCGUGGCUGCGCGGCUUCCGCGGGAACGAGUACCAGAUGCUGCUGCGCAAACGGCGCGCCCUUGGACCCCUCCUGGACGACCACUACCCGACCAAGAGCUUCAACCUGCAGAAACGCAUCAGGUACCUGUACCGCUUCCUCAACCACGGGCGCACCAAGGAUUACUUCUGGAGGAAGCACUAGGGCGGUAAUAGGUCAUUUGGUCUGAGUGUGUCUUCUCAGGUCAGCGCAAACUUGGACCGCUGAGUGCGAGUGGUGAAUUGAGUGAUUGUGACUGAGUUUUUUACGUUUUUGUUUUCAAUGAAUGGUUUGUACAGAGGUUGUCUAGAAUGCUAUGUGGAAAGGAAUUCACGAAGUAAUAGAGAACAUUUUAAAAUGAUGUUUCGCAUUACACAUUUGCCCGACCAGUCUCUAAUUUAGUUCGUGCCUAUGUUCGAAGCAAUUCGAACUUACAUUGGGAAUUCUUUCCCGGGCAAUACACAACGUUUGUGGACGGCA